AUGCACAUCCCAGCACAAACACACCGUGAAAGCACCACCCAAAACCACCCAAUCCGCAGCCCCCCGCUCGCAUCCCCAACCCCCGCAGUCCCAACGCAGAUAAUCACCCUCCCCAUCCGCGAAACCGCCACAAUCGAGGACCCGGCCUCGCCCGACGGCAAAAUCUGGAGCCAGGCGCUCGAUAUCCUGCAGGAUUGGCAUGGCUUUCGCAGACUCUACUGGGGAAGACACGUCGAGGAAGCAUGGAAGGUGCAAGUUCUUGUUGCCCGAGAAACAUUAAACCAGCACUACGCCUUCUUAUCCUCGUCGCAAUGGAAGGCCCUGAUAACCCUCCUCACUCCUCUCCACCCUCCACAAUCACAAUCACAGCCAGAACCAGAACAAAGAAUUUCAGUCCACCACAGCGCCCUCCAAAACUUCACCACAAACGCCGCAACCCUCUCCUCCGCCCCAGUAACCGGCACGGCCUUGUACCUGACAACCUCAGUACCAGGAUGGGAAAAGGCAUGGGCACUGUGGACAACCCUCGUGCCCUCGGUGAAGGGGUGUCUGGGGUGUACAGGGGGCUGGAUCGCGGAACCUGUUGAGGGACACGAAGCUUAUGUGGUUUACGUUGGGUGGGAGAGUAUCCAGGAUCAUGAUGCUUAUCACCAUACGAAGGAUUUUGCGAGGAAGAGGGUGAUUUUGGGGUUGCAUAAUUCUGGGUGGAGGGGGUAUGGACAUGUGAGGUUUGUUGGGGGGAGGGAGGUCAAAGAGGGUGGGAAACGGGAGGAGAAGUUGUGA